AUGGCAGCAGCAAUUGACGAAGGAUUAGGCAAAGUUCGUCGACCGGAACUUUCGCAUAAAAUUGAUGUUGAAGUCACUAUUAACGAUGCGAUAUUACUUUCAUCUGAAGAAGGUGUUAUAACAGCACUUGAUGAUCGAACUCUGCGUAUUUGGUUGCGAAGACAAACAGGAAAAUAUUGGCCGUCUGUCUGCUAUACAUUAGAGGGUACGCCAUCAGCAAUAUUUUAUCAUGAGGCAACACGUCGUCUUUUCUGUGGCUGUGAUUCUGGUCUACUACAUGAAUUUCUCGUCGCCGAAGAUUUCAAUAAAGUCACUCUGAAAUCGACUUAUCUCGGCCAUCAGACUCGUGUUCAUGCUAUUGUGUUUUCGCCACAGAAUGAUUUACUAUUAAGCGUUUGCCGUGAGAAGAAGCUCAAUUGGUAUUGCACAAACGCAUCCAGUGAAAACUAUGAACAUGUACUUGGAACUUACACGUUGCCCUCAUGGGGUAUGUCAAUAGCAAUUGAUGAAUCAUCUCGACAAUGUUUUGUGGGGGAUUCGAAUGGAACAAUACAUUUCUUGAAAAUUGACACUGAUAACAAAUGCCAAGUGAUUACUACGUUAAAAGGACAUACAGGAAGUAUUCAAAAUCUUCUAUGGGAUUCAACUACAGAGUGGUUAUUUUCGGGUAGUUUCGAUGCAUCCGUAGUUGUGUGGGAUUUGGAAUAUCCUGAUGGUCAUAUUGGUGUAUGGCCAAUGAAUGUUAAGCGAAGUGAAACACCCAAAUGGCUUGAAAGUGAUUAUUGUCAGAUAUGCCGUUUACCAUUUUUUUGGAAUUUACGUGCAAUGUGGACGCAAAAGCAGAUUGGAAUGAGACAGCAUCAUUGUCGAAAAUGUGGUCGAGCUGUGUGUGAUAAAUGUUCACAAACACGUACCGCUCUACCAUUGUUAGGUUACGAAACAGUUCAACGUGUUUGUAAUGAUUGCGUACGUACAUUAAGAAACGAUGAAACGGUACCACUUGCUUCGUUUUAUGAUGCACGUCAAGGAACAAUUAGAAUGGAUUAUAGUCAAGGGAAAAAGGUUAUGAUGACGGUUGGAACAGAUCGAACAAUUAAAAUUUGGGAUAUGUCAUCGGUCGUGUAA